GCGCAGAGCGCGGCGGCGCUGGCCCGGCGGCACGCGGAGCUGAGCGUGCGCCCGCGGGACAGGGAGCGGGCCGGGGCCGCCAUCAGCAUGCCGGUGGGGGUGGAGGACGCCACGUCCUCGGCCAGCAUCACCCUGCGCGUGCAGCCCCACGUCACCAUCGGCACCCUCAAGGAGCAGGUGUUCUGCGAGUACGGCUUUCCCCCCGCGGCGCAGCGCUGGAUCAUCGGGCAGAGCCUGUGCCGGGACGGGCGCAGCCUGGGCUCCUACGGCAUCCGCCGCGACGGCGACCCGGCCUUCCUCUUCCUGCUCUCCGCGCCGCCGGCACCGGCACCGGGAAUGGCACCGGGAUCGGGAUCAGCACCGGCACCGCCGGGAAUGGCACCGGGAUCGGCACCGGGAUCAGCACCGGGAUCGGGAGCGGCGCCGGGAGCCCAGCGGCAGCGGCAGGCGCAGGAGCUGCUGCGCGCUGCGGGGCUGCACGGACACGGGGACGGACACGGGGACGGACACGGGGACGGACACGGGGACGGACACGGGGACGGGGACGGCUCACCUGGCGCAGGCCGUGUCCCCGAGGAGCCCCCGGAGCGGAUGGACAUCGGGGACAUCCAGGCUCACCUGGACUCGCUGCAGCUCUGGGACGGCGCCGGGGCCCCGCCCGCGGCCCCUGAGCCCCGCCCGCCCUCACCUGAGCAGGUACGGGGGGUCCUGAUCCUCAUCCUCAUCCUCAUCCUCAUCCUCAUCCCGAUCCCACUGCCCCUGAGCCCCGCCCGCCCUCACCUGAGCAGGUACCGGGGGGUACGGGGGGUCCUGAUCCUCAUCCUCAUCCUCAUCCUCAUCCUCAUCCUCAUCCUGAUCCCAUUGCCCCUGAGCCCCGCCCGCCCUCACCUGAGCAGGUACCGGGGGGUUCUGAUCCUGAUCCCGAUCCCUGAUCCCGAUCCCAGUGUUCCAGGGUGGACACUGCCCCUGAGCCCCGCCUGCCCCCCCCCCGGCCGGGCUUUCCCGAUCCCGUUCCCGUUGCAGGCGGGCUGGCCGUGCCCCCGGUGCACGUUCCUGAACAAGCCCACGCGCCCGGGCUGCGAGAUGUGCAGCGCCCCCCGGCCCGAGGGCUACCGCGUGCCCGGGGGGCACCGGCCCGACCCCGCCGAGCUGCGGCGGCUGCAGCGGGAGCGCGACGGGGCCCGCCAGUGCCAGCAGGCGCUGGAGGCGGAGCGGCAGCGGAACUUCCAGCAGCUGCUGCGGGCGGAGCAGGAGGAGCUGGUGCCGAACCCGGAGCCGCUCGAGUGCGGGAUCUGCCUGCAGGAGGUGCCGGCGGGCCGGGCCGUGCUCCUGCGGGACUGCCUGCACAGCUUCUGCAGGGAGUGCCUGCGCCAGGUGAUCAACUUCAGCGAGGAGCCGGUGGUGGCCUGUCCCUUCCGCGAUGUCACCUACGCCUGCGGCAGCCACCUGCAGGAGCGCGAGAUCCGCGCGCUGCUGUCCCCCGAGGAGCACGCGCGGUUCCUGGCGCGGGGGCUGGCGCUGGCCGAGCGCCGCAGCCGGAACAGCUUCCACUGCCGGGGCCGGGACUGCCCGGGCUGGUGCUUCUACGAGGACGCGGUGAACGAGUUCCCGUGCCCGGUGUGCGGGGCCCUCAACUGCCUCCUGUGCAAGGCCAUCCACGAGGGCCAGAACUGCCGGCAGUACCAGGACGAGCUGCAGCUGCGGGCGCUCCACGACGCGGCGGCGCGCCAGACGCGGGACAUGCUGCAGACGCUGGUGCAGCGGGGGGAGGCCAUGCACUGCCCCACGUGCCGCAUCGUGGUGCAGAAGAAGGACGGGUGCGACUGGAUCCGCUGCACCGUGUGCCAGACCGAGAUCUGCUGGGUCACCAAGGGACCCCGAUGGGGGCCGGCGGGUCCCGGGGACACCAGUGGCGGCUGUCGCUGCAAUGUCAACGGGCAGAGGUGCCACCCCCGGUGCCAGAACUGCCACUGACCCCCCCCCGGCCACCCCCGGGGACACCUCGGGGACACCUCGGGGACACCCCGGGACUGACGGAGCCGGCACCGGGCCGGGGACGGCCGAGGGCGCCCGGAGAGGCCACGUCCAGCGGGGACAGAGAGAGCGGACACAGGGACAGACAGAGGGACAGGAUGGACACACGGACCGAGGAUGGACACGGGGACAGAGCCCAGGAUGGACACGGGGACAGAGCUCAGGAUGGACACGGGGACAGAGCCCAGGAUGGACACACGGACAGAGCUCAGGAUGGACACACGGACAGAGCUCAGGAUGGACACACGGACUGAGGAUGGACACACGGACAGAGCUCAGAUGGACACACGGACAGAGCCCAGGAUGGACACAGGGACAGAGCUCAGAUGGACACACGGACAGAGCUCAGGAUGGACACGGGGACAGAGCUCAGAUGGACACACGGACAGAGCUCAGGAUGGACACACGGACUGAGGAUGGACACACGGACAGAGCCCAGGAUGGACACAGGGACAGAGCUCAGAUGGACACACGGACAGAGCUCAGGAUGGACACGGGGACAGAGCUCAGAUGGACACACGGACAGAGCUCAGGAUGGACACACGGACUGAG